AUGUCGUCGCUGCAAGGCAUACGAGCGACGUGGACAGCAGAGCGCGAUGAGUUCAUUAUCACAGCUCUUCAAGUCCAAGUGCAAAACGGAAGAAGGCCCGACUCCGGUUUCAAGAAGGAGGCUUGGGCCAUAGUCACGAGCGGGUUCAACGAUCGGUUUGCCGUGGCAUAUCUCGUGACGCAAAUCAAAUCCCUAGUCCAAUGGCUGAAGAAAGACUACAAGGACGUCAAAUAUCUGCGCGACAACUCCGGCUUUGGUUGGAACAGCGAUCAAGGACUGCCCACCGCACCCAAUGACGUAUGGGCACCCGUGCUUGCGGCAAAACCGAAUUGCAAGAAGUUUCGUGUCACACCGUUCCCGUUAUUUGACAGUCUGGCACUCCUUCUUGAUAAAGCGUACGCGGACGGACGUUUCUCCGGUCUGCCUCCUGGAGUGAAACCUCCACCGGACGCUCGAGCAAGUGAGGAAAGGAGCAAUUCCAUGGCUCUUGUUUCAAACAGCAGCUCACCCCUCUCCAGCCCCAAUGUAACCCUUCCAAGAUGCGAUCGGCUUCGCAGACCGGCGCUCUCCGACAUCGAAAAUGAGUCGGAGUCCAACUCCGAAGUUGAAUCGCCUCCAGCGAAGAAGAUGAAGAAACAACCACCCAAAUGUGACCGUCGAAGCGCCGGUGCUGUAAUCGGCGACGCGAUAUCCAAACUUGUCGACGUUGAAGCAGCCAAAGUUCAUGGCCAAAGCAGCCCCCAUGACCGUGUUACAGCGGCUAUCGAGUGCCUUAUGGACAACUACGAUGAAUUGGACGGCGACGACAUCGUACGAUUGGUGGACAUGAUGGGUGAGGGGUUCAAUGCAACCAUAUUCAUGGCUCUUCGUGGGGCAGCUCGUAAUGCAUGGGUAGCUAAAAAUGUGUCAAUCAAUUGGUUUGAUUAUUUUCUCCAAUGA